AUGGCGAUGGACGAUUUAAGCCCGCCGCCAAUCGCUACUCCUUCCGGCGGCUUUUCCUCGUCCCUGCGCCGCCGUCAAAGAAAGGAUAGCGACUCAACCUCGUCCUCGUCCUCGUCGACCACCGCCGAGCAGCUCCCCCCUCGGCCCCUGCCCACCUCGCUCGACAAUCACCACGCUGACAGGAGAUCGAUCGUCACAGCUAGCUCUUCCCCAGUCCGCAGGAAGCCUCUGCCCAGCAAUGCAGCCCCGGUGAUUCUGUCGAGAUUGUCUCAAGCCUCUCUGCCUCUCUCUCCGCCGGCCACCGAUCCAUUAUCACCACCGCUGCCCACACCGUCAUCACAUCCACUGCCUGCCAUAUCAUCAUCAUCAUCGUCGUCGUCGUUUUCAUCGUCAUCAUCACCAACAUUGCCAAACACGGCGUCGCUCGGCUCUCCGCGGCAACUCGAAACUGUAGACGAGGUGCUUCCCUUCGUGCCACGGGAUCUAGACCGUUAUCCACGCGGCCAUUCUCCAUUCAUCAUCCCCUUUCCCAUCGACACCUCUUUCACAUACACCAACCCGCAACAGAAAGAAAGCGGAAACGGCGAUCACUUCCUGCCGCAUGGGACACCGAUUCAUUCCCGUCUUUCAAGCGAACCCAUCAUCCCCGUGCUGAGGUCGUCGCCGCCGCCGCCGCCUGUGAUCCAUAAGAGGUCAGAGACUAUGGCCUUGCAGCCCCAGACCCGGCCUCCUCCUCUACACAUCGACGCCAACCUAUCAGCAAUGCCCAGUCCAGGAGAGAAACAACCAAAAACGCCCGGAAACAAAAUCACAUCCUUCUUCGGUUGGAAGACAACCACAUCUCCCGGAGCCGAGUCGACGAGCACCGAAAUCAGUGACAACGGCCGGUCUCCAAUCCCCUCGCCAUUGCCGCAGUCUGCAAGCGCCCCUUCCUUUAGCACCAAGGGCUCUGUUUCCAUCCCCAACUCUAUAUCGGAAAACAACAUCCAUGGGUUUCCCAUGCCUCCCGGCCACUCAGCCUCUAUUAGCCUUCCGUCAUCGUCCAGCGGAAAUGUCGACUUGAUGAACAAGAUUUCGGACCUCGAAGCUGAGCUCCGGGAGAUCAGCUCAGAGCUGGCGGGCUCCAUUCGUCGAGAGAUGGAGCUGGAGGACCUGGUGGAGAGGUUUCAGCUCGAGUCACAUAACGACGUCAACCGAAGGACCAGUGAUUACUUCUCAGAUUCGGGCACCAGCUCGAUACGCAUGGGCACGGAUGGUGGUAAGGUAGACGAUAUAGAACGAAUAAAGCGAGCCGCUGAACAGGAACGAGCUCAAUUAAAAGUUGAAUUAAGUCAGAGGUGGCAGGAGGAGCGUUCGCGGCGGACAGCUUGCGAAUCGCACGUUCAGAUCCUAGAAAGCCAAGUCCAACAAUUCCGUGCUCAGCGUGUCGACAAUUCAAAUCUGUCAUCCAAGACAAGAGAAUUGGAAUUGACCGUAGAAGAUACUCGACGUAAACUAAUCGAGGAGAGACAAUUGAAAGAUAACUUUGAGGACUUGCUGACGGCGAUGCGAGUGGAAUUGGAGCAGCUUCGAAAUGAACGGGAUCAUUACCGGGACGAGGUUGUACCUGCAUUGCAGUCACAACAAAAGAACAAUCGUUUCCAGGCCAUCGCAGAAGAGGACGGUAUUGUCAGUAAACGUGGUUCGGUGGGCUUGUCAAGAUCCAAUUCAUUAGCCCGGAUGCCAAAGAGGUCGAGCAUGGCUCAAACUGGCGGUUUAUCGCGGUCGAAUUCUGUCUCUGGCAAUAAUAACAAUAAUAGUAGUAACAGACAAUUGGAAUCACGCGAUUCCCUGGCUGAUCGAGUGAAGGAUGUCGAGGCUCAGCGGGAUGCUUUGCAUCAGGCACUCAAGAAUCUUCUAGAUCGACAGUCUUGGCAAGCUCGUGAAAAUGAGAAGCGAAUCAAGAUUCUCGAGAUAGAGCUGACCAAAGCCCAAAAUGUUGGCUCUCCACGGAAACUCGGUUACGAGAGGGAAGUGCGGAAUCUUCGGGAAGAGAUCAACCUCCUUCGACGACGAGCCGACGAUGCGUUGGAGCAGAAAUGGCAGUGUGAAAAGGGCCUUGGUGGCCUGAAGAUGGACCUCGAUCGUGCAGAGCAGGAGACCAGUUCGUUGCGCAUGCUGUUGCAGGAGCAUGAUAUUGCUUUACCAGAGGAUAUGGCUACUGGCGAGGAAGGGCUCGCAAACAUGCUGGUCACCUCGUCGGCACUGGAGUCAGCCUAUCAACAGUUACAGGCGGACAUGGAGUAUGUCGAGGCCAACCCAUCACCUUCUUCAGAGGACCAACUCUCUGAGUCGGUGAACCGUGCCGAGACUUUGUCUGCACAAGUUCGCCAGCAGCUCAAUACCAACAGUGCCCUGCGGCAACGUCUCACGGACGCCAUUGCCAAGGGAGAACGGGAGCAAAAAAUGUCGGCCUUACGCAUUAACGAAAUGCAAAGUCGACUGAAGAGCCUGGAAGAUACCAUUAUGGACGCCCAGCAUCAUUCGGAAGAUGAGAUGGCGAAGCAUGAAGAAGAAAUUCGGGCUCUGAAAGAAAGCCACAAUACUCAACUCAUGCGAGCCAAGAUGGGCAUCAAGACACCCGUCUCUCUGUCACCAAACAUGUCGUCUUCUCCGUUCAAUGGGGCGCGGUCUCCCCGUUUGGAUAUGACUACAAGUGGCGAAGGCGUUCCAUUGAGCCAGGCCGUCCAAGUAGAGAAACUCGAGGUUAAAGUCAAAGAACUUGAAAAGGCUUUGCGGGACGCAGAUUUCGAAAUGGAGGAGGUUGUCCAGCGCAUGAACAAGGCGCAGAUUGAAGUCGCAGAAUUACAAUCAGAUCGAGAUGAGGCACUUCGUCAGACUCGGCGUCUCGAGGCCGCAGUCAGGGCCGAACGUGAAACAGUGAAAAUGCUUAUGAACUAA